UGAACGAUCUACCUUUGUUACCACUUGUAUCUCUUGUGAGGAUAUGUCGAGCACCUUACAUGUCUUUGUAGUCUCUCCGGAUACGCGAUCUGAGCGUCGCUUCGAUCCUCAUAUCACAAUCGGACAGCUGAAGUCUAAACUUGAGCUUUUUACAGGAAUACCUGCCUUUAGCCAGUUAAUAUCAGUGUUAAACUCGGACGACGACCCAACGGUCGUUGUACAACUUUCGGACGACAGUAAAGCCCUUGGUUUCUAUUCGCUGAGGGACUGGCAAGUGUUGAAAGUAGAUGAUCUGAACCCAUCUGCGAGCUUCACUGGACAGUUGACUGAUGUAUCCCAAGUGGAAAAGUUUGAACUGAGUGACGAUGCUUAUGCUGAACGGAAAGACAGUGUCCUUGCGUACAAACAACAGCAUAAGGUUGGCAGAUUUGCACCCAAAACCGAUCAAGUAAGGGAAGCGUCCCCGGCAGUUGAUAUUGCUCUUGGUUCCAGAUGUGAAGUGGAAUCCUCCGAGCCAGGUUUGUCGAAAAGAGGCACAGUACGGUUUGUAGGAGAAACAAAUUUCGCUUCCGGCGUAUGGGUCGGUGUCGAGUACGACGAGCCGCUUGGCAGGAAUAACGGAUCCGUCCAAGGAAAUGUUUACUUUACCUGUCGACCAAAUUAUGGAGUUUUCGUCAAACCGGACAAGGUCAAAAUUGGGGAUUUCCCCGAGCUAGAUCUCGACCUGGAUGAGAUGUAACAUGCCUCCUGUAUUUCUUACACGAUAGUACUUUUUAUAAACACAACUACUUUACCUCGGUUAUCUUGGAAAGUUCAAGAAGGUGCUUGAAGGCGUACUGACAAGUCAAACACGUGGCGCUGGCCUGAUUAAGUCAGCUACUCCGCGACGCGCGUCGCUUUGUUA